AUGCUAUCGAAAAUGUUUCUCUUCAUUGCACUGAUCACUCUCCUGUCUCUUAUUCUUGUCCAUGCGAGUAGCCCAAGCUUAAACCCUCGCUAUCAAGUGCUGGAUUCCCCAGAACCGAAGCGCUUGUCUGCAGGAACACUGUCGUCGAAGCUCAAGGCUCGAUCAGAGACUAUUGCUCCUUUAUUUCAGCAGAAGAGGAGUUUUGACUAUGCUGCUGAGGAUGUCGAGGAAGAAUCGGUCUUCUCAACAACCCUAGACGUGGAAUCACGAUGGCCCGUACUUGCAUUGGAGGAGUUGGACACCGAAAUCGAUAGUAUCGUCUGCACAGAGUCCAAGAUACACUUCAAUUUUAGGUCUGCGACUGCCGAGGAGAGGUUCAAUACGGAAAUCAAGAGCAUGCCUGAGUUUGUCGUCGUCACUUCCCAUGACGGUUGCGAUCUCGAAGGAGACCGGUCUGCGCAUCGAGUAACAAAUGCCCGCGUAGAUCCCGCAAGCCACAUCGGUACUUUCGACAUAACGCCAAUGAACUGGCAUGAGGCAUUCUCCACGACAAAAGUGUCCUUCUCGCGCAGACAUCCGUCAGAGAUCCAGAAACAUGUAGCCACGCCAGUCAAAAGAGACGAGAUACCAUCGCCCAGGCAAUCAUUCCCUGCAGCUCCUUCUGAUGCUGAUGGACUCAACUCAUCGGCAAAUGCGGUCUUUAAUGUGCGUCACACCGGCCUAGAGAUCUACCCGAUAGAUGCGCCACUCGCGAACGAAGUCGUACCUGAUCUCCCAGUCGUUGUACGAUGCAAAACGUGCGCCAUUCGGGGUGACAUCCAGCUCUCCCGGGGGCAGUUCAACGUUGGACAGAAUGCGACGGCCGAAGAAGAUGAAGAUUUUGAGUUGGACGAGGCGAUCGGUUUUUUCACGAACAGCAGCGUUGAUCUGUUAGUCAAACGUAUGUUUUCGCAGAUUGAACUGGAGUUCGAACUCGAGUCUGAGGGUCCUCUGAUCGAGUUCAGUGUCCCGCUUCCUACUAUCCCGCUUGUGCCUUUCCAGAUAGCAGGAGUUCUCACCUUUGGUCCUCAGAUUGUUCCCAAUAUCAUCAUCACGGCAGACAUCGAAGAAGAUGUUGGGUUCUCCUAUGGCUUCAACGCAACAGUCCCUGAUGACUCCAGAAUUCAUAUCAGAAUCCCCGAAUUCAACGAAUCGUCAAUAAGCGACUUCUCGGACACAGAUUUCCAGCAAAUCCCCUUCUCAGCCUCAACAACUAUAUCCUCCAUUUCACUAGGGAUCACAUUCCAGCCCCAGAUUCUGCUAGGCAUAAACACAGGUCUCGAGGCCCUAAACGUCAAUAUCGACGGCGGGAUUGGGGCGUUCGUUAGCAUGCCGAGUCUAUCGUUGAAUGUUUCCCAUGUUACCGGUGUUAAUGAGAAUUGCGAUCCCGUAGCAGCUGAUUCUGAUUCUGGUGCUGAUGCUGAUAAUGUCGGUAAUGCAACACACCUCGUCCCCUCUGUGGAACUGGACGUGGGUGUUAUCGCGAGCUACGAUGUGCGGUUCAUGGACUUUAACGAUACGCGUGGGGUGGCGCCGAUUUUGGCGAGUACGGCUUGGGAUCUUCCGACGGCUUGCGUGGGCUUUGAGCCCGAGGAGCCAGCGAAAGAGACUGGAAAGGCUGGCUCGACUGAGGGGGAAAGUAGUGAUGGUGAUGGCGGUGGUGGGAACGGGGCGGUUAGGGUUGGCGGAGAGGGCGCUGGGAUGAUGUUGUUGAGUUCUAUUGCGCUCAUGUCUGUUGCUGUCGGGUUCUGUGGAUGGGGAUGA